CAAGUCUCAAAAAUAAAGUACACGGCGGGUUGGCUGAUUGGCUUGGUUUGGCAUUGUUUGUUGCAAACACUUCUGAUAACGCUGUUUCUUAUAAAUUUCAUUGAAUUUAUUCGUUAUGGAUUACAUAUCGUAUCAUGGCAGAAAAAAUACAAAAGCAAAUCAUUGACUACUUUUCGUUCUUCGAGGAAUUUUACAACACAUCCAAAACGUGUUUGAAAGACUGCCAGGACUGCGCAGUUUCUAUAAAUAAAUUGAUAAAACGCUGCAAAAACAUCAAAGAAGCUGAAUUAAUUGGGACACCUUUGGAGGAGUUUGGUGAUCUACAAAGUAAACUUUCCGCAACCCUUCAUAGUCAAAUAUCUGAAGACAUUCAAGAAAUCAAGGGUAAACUAUCUACACUUGAACAAUUAUUUGAGAAACUCCUCCAGAAGCACACCACACUACUAGAAAGUUGCAGACUAGCAGACCUGGAACCAAACUCUUCGCUUGUUAAAGGCACAACAUUCCAACCCCCCUUAGCUCAGCUUUUAGAGUUUGCCGAAGACACUGUCACAUUCGGUGGGCAGGUUUGUGCUCAAAUCCAAACUUCUCUGAACCUUUUAACGUAUAAGGGUUUAAACACUGAACCGUUGGUGGAAAACCUCCGCAUAUUCCCUGAUUGGCAACGCCGCAUCCCGGAGAUUAUCGCGUACACAUCAUUUUGCGCGGAAAAUAAAGUGUGACAAAAUGGAUUUUCUUGAUUCAAUAUUAAAUUCCAUGCAAGGCCCGCCGUCUUCCAGCGAGGCACAGAAAAAUGCAAUGAGAAAGCAAAAAGAGGCUAUGGAGAAGAAACAGAAAGAAGAAAAGAAUAUAAUAAACAGAUUCAGGAAAAGGGUUGAGGAGAAAAUCAGUAAUUUCAUCAAAGAUGACACGAAGCCGUACAUACAGUUCGAGCCGAUGGACCAAAUGUACCGGUCUAUCAUCAGAGAUGUGGCUGAGACGGCCGGCACCGUCCAAGUAUUUUCAUUCGGCCAAGAAGGUAUAGACCGUUACUCUGUUGUUUACAAAAAAGAGAAAGGUCCAUCUGAAGAUGAACUGACAGUACGUAGAGAAGGUGGUGUUUGGGAUGACGACAAAGCAGCAGAAAUGGCUCAGAGGCAUUUAGAGAUGCAGAAGCAAGCUGCUUUGGAAUCAGAAGAAGAGAGGAAUAGGAAACGUAAACGAGGCAAAGAAGAAUUGAGCGGGACAUUUUAUAAACAGAAGUAUGCACAUUUAAUAGGAGAAGAUGCUGCGAUACAAGCCGCCCAGAAAACCAAUGUAAACAAGAGUUAUGGUGAAGUUCCUAGUGAGAAUAAAAAGGAUCAACGGUCCAUUGAACAGACCAUGGCCGAUAUAAGAGCUAAAAAGAUGAAAAAGGCUGAAACUGAGAAGGCUGAAGGCAGUGAACAAACCUAGUGUUUGUUUUAACAUAGGUAUGUAGUAUCUAUCAUGGAAAUGUAACCAAUGUGGAAGAAAUACUUGCGUUAGACGUGGAAAAUUACCUUAAAAUUGUUUUAUUUUUUCUCAUUCAACCAUUGAGAAAAUCAUGAAGAGUAAUCAAAAAGAAAUGGCUUUUUCUUAUUGACGUUUAUUUGUAAGAGACGGAAAGAGGCCUUUCAUUCAGAUUUUUUUUAUUAAGUCUUUUUUUCCAUAGUGGUUAUAUUUCUAUGGCACCUAUUUAUAUCAUAGUGAUAAGAGUUGUAAAAAUAACCGUACACCCAAUUUACGGUAUCUGCAAUCAGUUAGUUAAUCAAUUUUGAGUGAUAUUGAUAUGUUGAUACCAAUAUUAGUAACCGCAAGGCUGCUAAUUUAACUUUCUAAAUUGUUUGAGUAAGUAUUAGUGCAAAUUAUUUUAGUUAGAUAUUUGACGAAGUGAACAAUGCAAUUGAGGUAAUCAUUAUUUAUAUCUUAUGAUCACUUUGAACAUAAAUGGCAAAAGCAUAAGUUCAUUUUUAUAAAAAUAAAAAGACAUUUAAAUGUGUGCUGUUCCAGCAUUUUAAUUUUAAAAAAAGGUUUUUUUUUUUUUUGUUUUUGCAUUCAUACCUUGAUUGCUAACAUGUAGACUAUAAUUAUUAAGAAUUGUUUGUUAGAACAAGAGUUUAUUUUUGUAUGUACCUAAAGUUCAAAGACUGGAUUUAUUUCAAUGUAAGUACCUAUGUGUAUUCUGAGAAGUAUAAGCAAUAAAUGAUUUCCUUACAAUAAAUAUUGUUUU